CGCACAUCAGUGCUCCAGAGCCAGGGGUGGCCCCCAGGCCUCGGCACUCACACGUCCCUAGCGGGGAGACCCCGGUUCUUAGAAGCAGCCGCGCCCCAGGGUGGGCCUGGAGCACCCCGACAGCAGCACCCCGGCGGCCGCACCCAGCACCCCCGCCCCUUCCUGCCACAGCCCCAGCAGCAGAGCGGCCGCCAUGCGCAUCCCCGAAAGCCUCCAGGACCUGGCGGACAGUGAGGCCGUGCGGUUUCUAAGGAGGCCAAAGACCAUUGUGCGGAUCCUGGCAGGGGUCUUCUCCCUGGUGGUCUUUUCCUCACUGCUGACCGACGGCUACCAGAACAACAUGGAAUCCUCCCAGCUCCGCUGUGUCCUCAACAGUAACAGCGUGGCCUGCAGUUUCGCCGUGGGAGCCGGCUUCCUGGCCUUCCUCACGUGCGUGGCCUUCCUCGGCCUGGACGCCAACGAGGCCCGCAUCACCAGCACCCACUUGAAGACAGCCUUCCAGCUCCUGGACUUGAUCCUGGCUGUCCUCUGGGCAGGCGUCUGGUUCGUGGGCUUCUGCUUCCUGGCCAACCAGUGGCAGCAUUCGCCACCCAAGCAGUUCCUCGUGGGCAGCGGCAGUGCCAAGGCCGCCAUCACCUUCACCUUCUUCUCAGUCCUCAUCUGGAUAGGCCAGGCCUACCUGGCCGUCCAGGACCUCCGAAGCGAUGCUCCCGUCCCCUACAAGCGCUCCCUGGAUGAGGGCGGUGUGGUGCUGACCACCCUGUCCCCACCCUCGGCCGCCAGCCCUGUCAACACGCCCCCCACCGGCCCCAACAGCCUGAACUACUCCAGCUCCGCCCUGUCCCCCUACGUGGCCGCCCCGAAGGCCCCCCGCCUUGCAAUGAUGCCUGACGACUAGACAUGCUUAUCCACACAAGUAAAGCCACGGUCCUCCCUCCAGGAGGGUUUCCAGAACCUCUGUCCUUCUCCCGUCUGUUCCUCUCCAGCCCCGGGUGCAGCCGGAGAGGGGGUGGCGAUCCCACAGGGUCACCUGGGGGUCUCUGCAGUCUCCUCUCCGUCCACCUCCGGGGUUCCACCCCGAUAGCAGCAGAUUGGAGGUGACAGGCAGGACUCAGUCUGUCCAGCUGUCACCCAGCGAAGUCCCCACCCCAGCUAUGGGGCGGGGGUGACACAAGACACCCCACGCAAGCUCAAGUUCAAAGACAGGAGGGGCUCCCACCUGGAGAGCGCAGGACCCAGCCUUGAGCCCUGCAGGGAGCUUGCGGUGAGGGACUGGAGGAACUGGGACUCCACCCCAGCCUUUCAAAGCCUG